AUCAUAAAUAUUCUCCCUGGUCGUUUCCCCCCACCCUCUCUCUCUCUCUCUCUCUCUCUCUCUAGAAAAAAUAAAUGUCUGGGGUUUGGGUUUUCAAGAGCGGGGUUGUUCGCCUGGUUGAGAACCCUUCGGCAGAAUCGAUGGACGGAAGCCGGCAAGGUUCAAAUGCUCGGCGCAAGGUGCUGGUUCACACUCCUAGCGAGGAAGUCAUCACUUCCUAUGCAGUCCUUGAGCGCAAGUUGUUGUCGCUUGGGUGGGAGCCGUACUACGAGGACGCGGACAUCUUUCAGUUCCACAGACGAGCUACUGUCCACCUCAUCUCUCUCCAGGAUUUCAACAGGUUCAAGUCCAUGCACAUGUACGACAUCGUCGUCAAAAACCGCAACAUGUUUGAAGUAAGGGAUAUGUAGUAGUACUUAUUGUCCCCUGCGCUAGCUUUGUGGUUUGGUUUGCUCCUGUUUGAAUGCAAUUUCUUGAUUGCCUCUGAUGUCUACGUACUCAUAUCAUGUGUAACAGCUAAUUUCUUGGAUUAUAUAUGUCGGUCUAGUUUAGUUGGUCUAUGUUUUACAUAUAUGGUUUUUUUUUUGUCCCUAAAUGAUCGAUCAUUUAGGUCGAGUUUGUACUCAAACAGGGAAGCUAUCCAUAUGUAGUUUAAGGCCGGCCGGUCAUCUGCUUGGUGAGCAAUAUUGCCCGUUAUGGAUCUGUAAAAACUCUUUUAGUACUGAUCUCUUUGU